AAAGAUUAGUUUUGGGUGGUCUAGGUAAUUUCCGACUCUAUUCUUCAGGAAUGCCAAAACGUGGCUGUUAUUUCUAGUAGACCAGGAGAAUAGUCGUAGAGCGGCUUCCCUCUCGUCCCGCGCUGACGAGACCAGGUCUUUAUCAGCAGCAGUCAGAUGGCGGGAAACUACGAUUUCCUUACAUUGUAACUAAAGCAAACCAGAUUUUCAUAAACACUCGUUCUUUACAGGAAAACAACUACCAAAAAUAAGUAAUUUCACGGAUUAGCUUUUAUAUAGCUACUUGGCAAAUCAUAAAAAUAUGGAAAUUGCUCCGAAAAGACUGAAGAAAUCUUCGAUAAAGGCAAUUUCUUCAAAUUAUACUGAAGACGAUGCGAAAUUAUCCAUUUAUAAUGUGUCUCCCAAUGACGAUAUAUCUUUACAGGAAUUUGAAGACUUCGCUAUUGAGAGAGUUAAAAUUUUGAAAAUAGUUGAGUCUUUGGGCCUUCAAUACGUCAAGUUAAACGAAGACUACAACCGUGAACUGCGGGCCAAACUGAAGACUACCAAAAUAUGGAAGGAAAUAAGAAAAACCGGCCGAUUUGAUCAUGUUUCACACUUUAUUCUUCGACUUGCUUAUUGUCGAUCGGAAGAAUUGCGUCGUUGGUUUCUUCAGCAAGAAUUAGACCUGUUUCGUUACCGUUUUUCCAAUCUUACAACAGAAGAGAAGAGGGAGUUUGCUAGGGAUAACAAAAUUGGCUAUGAGGAGAUUUCUGAACAGGAGAAAGACCAGUUGGUGCCGAAGCUACUGAAAUGUGGUCGUGGCACUGUCAGCUCUGACUACUACAAAGUCUGCUUCACAGAUGUUCUUGACUUGGUCAGAUCACGAAAAGUCUACUUGCAGAGAGGUUAUGCCUAUGUCCAGUUUAACGACCUCAUCUCACUAAUUAGUAAUCACUUCAGGGAACAUCUCUCAAAAGGUUUAGCUGUUACCUGCCGUUCUUUGCCUCAUCUGGAGGAAGAUGAUCGUCUUUUACCGUUGCUGAAUAAUUUGAGUCGAGCUUACCUUGGUGAAGAUUUCAGUGGUCAGAAAAACAAUGCUGGCGCCGUCACAAUUGAUAUGCUGGAUCCCUUGUCUCGGAAGUCAUUCCCCCCCUGCAUGCAGCAGCUCCACCAAAGUUUGCGCCAGAAUCAUCACCUGCGGCACGGCGGACGCUUACAAUACGGUCUAUUCUUGAAGGGCAUCGGUCUCCUGUUAGAAGAUGCUUUGCGCUUCUGGGGUGCAGAACUUUCACAGUCUGUCGGUAUAGAUAAGUUUCAAAAAGCCUACGCGUAUAACAUUCGGUACAACUAUGGAAAGGAAGGAAAACGAGCCAAUUUUACGCCAUACAGCUGUGCUAAAAUCAUUCUAAGCAAUCACCCAGCAAAUGGAGACUACCAUGGUUGUGUUUUCCGCCAUACUGAUCCUGCUUUGUUGCGACAGAAAUUCCAAGGUCAAGGAAUGCCGGCUGAAAAUGUUGCAAAGAUUAUGAAUUAUGUGACCGAGGGACAUUACCAGUUGGCUUGUAUGAAGCAUUUUGAAAUCACUCAAGGUGUCAAAGAAUGCAGUUUUGGUCUUCAACAUCCCAAUCAAUAUUUUGAAGAAAGCCAGAAAAUUCUUAAUGGAGAAGUAAAAACAAAUGUGUCCUCAACACCCGUCCGAAUUGUAAAACUGUCCCAGGCACAGUCCGGCUCUUCACAGAGAAAUCAGACCGUAAAAUCUCCCUUGGUCCCUAAAAACGACAGCAACGACACACUCCUUGAUGAUGAUGAUAUUGAUGAUGCCCUCUUGGCUGACCAGUUUCUUGAUGCCCAGGACAUGAAUGAGAUAUCAACCUGAAGUCUUUACAAUCUUUCUCUUCUUCUUUCCCUCCUGUCUUCUUUCUUCGCGUUAUUUCAAAUGAUGACAAAUAGCAAGUUGUUUGUUUUUGUUUGUGUUAGUGUAUAUGUAUAUAUAUAUAUGUUAGAAGUAUUGGGGGUGAUGUACAGAUUUAAUACAUAUGAAAGAAAAAAGGUGUUCAGAAUGCUGGAUGGUUGUUAAAAUAUAUAUUUAUUUACAUAUCACAUAUUAUUUCUUCAUAUUAGCGCUUUCAACUACUCCUGUAGUUUCAUCAGAAAAUGGACUUGGGAGCAUAUCCGAACUGUAAAGCCAAUUGUCUGCGUGAAAUAGAACCACAUCGUAAAAACAGGAAUACAGUAGUUGCAUUUCAGCCAUCCAUCCAUCCAUCCAUCCAGAUAGAAUGGUGAUGGUCACAGAAAAAAUUUAUUGAACUGUUUUGAAUUAUCAAUAUUUCUACAGGAGUAGUUGAAAGCACUAAUAUGAAGUAAUAAUAUGUGAUAUGUAAAUAAAUAUAUAUUUUUACAACCAUCCAGGAUUCUGAACACCUUUUUUCUUUCAUAUAUAUAUAUAUAUAUGUGUGUGUGUGUGUUCUUAUUAAAUGUUCUUUUCAUUUUGUGUGUAUGUAAUUUCGUGUUUUUGGCAUCUGAAAUAUACAGGGUCGCCACAAAGUCACGCACCAUGGGAGAUAUGAAGCAUGCUUUAUUAGCAAUGAAGUAGACGAUCCAUUACAAAUGUCCAAAGUGUUGGCCAUGUUGCUCUAAACAAGUGUUCAUACAGAAUCUGAAAUUGCGAUGAACCCUCACAAAUAGCUGUUCCUUGCUGUUGACUUGUUCAAAUGCUUCAACAAUUCUUUGAAGAAGAUGUCCUUUGUAAUGAAUCUUUUCAGAAUAUACAUGAGAUUAUGUGUAGCCCCAGAAGGAAAAGUCCAUGCAAGUUAAAUCUGGUGACUGUGGUGCCCACGAUGCCUGAACCAUCUCCCUGGAAAAUGUUCCAUUCAAGAAAUCACGAACCUGUAAUGUAUAAUGGGGUGGAGCCCCAUCCUGCUGAAACUAUACGGGAUUUCCCCUUCCAAGUGAAUGCACAUGAGGCAUCAUCUUGUUGCCAAGCAUGUCCAGAUACGAAUCACAUGUCACAGAGCUCGCGAAGUAAAAUGGUUCAAUUACUUGAUUGUGCCAAAUCCCAUACCAUACCAUACCAUUACCUUGUCCCUGCCUUGUUGGUUUUCUGCCUCCAUCCAAUGAGAAUUCGUUUUUGAGUAAUAUUGGCAGUUGGGAAAAAAGGUUAAAAAUGGAGAGGAUGUUAGCAAUGUCACUUAUUGCAGGAUGGUGCGUGAGUUUAUGGUCACCCUGUAAAUGUUAAAUGAUGAUGAUGAUGAUGAUGGUUAGGAGGGUAGGCUGUUCCUGCAACACUUUAUAGAGUCUCCAAGACUGGGAGCGGACAGAAGGAAAUAAUCCUCAAACUGAAGAUCCAUAUAUGCGAAUGUAUGUGUGUGUGUUGAGAGAGAGAGAAAAAAAGGGGUCAAAUUGAGAGAAAAGGAGAAACAGUCAAGAUUGGAGGAGAGAGAGAGAGAAAGGUGGGAGCAGGUGAAAGAUCAUUAGAGAAAGGGAGAGAGAGAAAGAAUAAAAGAUGUAGGGGCAGCGCUCAGCUGGAAUUUGAGAGUUUAGGGUUUGAUUCUGUGUAGCAGCUUGCCGGAUGCUUACAGAUGCAGGCAUGGUUGUGCAGUAAGAAGCUUGCUUCCCAACCACAUGGAUCCAGGUUCAGUCCCACUGCAUGGCAUCCUGGCCAAAUGUCUUUUAUUUUACCCUUGGGCUGAUCAAAGCCUUGAGA